AUGGAAGAGAGUAUUGAUCAAGCAAUUAAUAUAGUAUUUCAACCAGACGUAGAUCUUUCUUUAAAACAACAAGCAAUUGCAUUUUGUGAUCAAAUAAAAAAUUGUCCAGAAGGAUGGCAAAUAUGUCUUACUCUUUUUACAAAAAUACCUAAAAAAUCAGAAGAAACGAGACUCUUUGCUUUGCAAGUUCUGGAGUAUGCCAUUAAAUCAAGGGUUAAUGAAUUAACACCAGAAUCUCUAGAUUUUAUAAAAAACCAAAUAUUUGAAUGGAUUACACAAGAGUUUUCGUCAAUAAGACUAAAAACUAUGGAUCCUCCUUUUUUGCGUAAUAAACUUUCACAUUUUUUUUCUCUUAUAUUCAUUACAUUAUAUACUACAUCUUGGUCAUCUUUUUUUUCGGAUAUUCUUUCUCUUAUACAAGAUUCUUCAUCACAAAAUGGAAAAACUUGCCCAGAAGCUGCUGAAUUCUAUCUUAAAAUUCUUCUUUCUAUUCAUGAAGAAAUUGCUGAUCAACAUAUUCCUAGAAAGCUUGAUGAGAUUCAUAGAAACAAUACCCUUAAAAACAAAAUUCGUCAAAAUGAUAUGCAUCGUUUAGCAGACUCAUGGUAUAGACUUAUGAUUGAAUAUCAACAAAUAAAUAAAAAUAUCGUCGAACUUUGUAUGAAAGUAGUAGGUAAAUAUAUUUCAUGGAUUGAUAUAUCUUUGAUUGUUAAUAAUUCGUACAUGAGUUUUGUUUUUGGACUUUUGGGUGAUAAACAACUUCGUAAUAUAGCAUGUGAAACUUUAGUUGAAAUUAUCAGCAAAAAAAUGAAAUAUCUCGAUAAGCUUGAGCUUAUAUUUUUACUUAAUAUUGUAGAUCACACAAGUAAACUGGAUUUAAGCGAAGAUGCGGAUUUUACUGAAAAUCUUGCAAAACUUAUCAAUUCUCAAAUUAUUGAACUUAUUUACAUAUUUAGCGAUAAUUCAUUAUCGAAAGAGGCUUAUUUAAGAGUAGAUUCUCUUCUUUUUAACACAGUUCCUUUUCUUUUACGAUUUCUUUCUGAUGAAUAUGAUGAGACAUCAUCGGCAGUUUUUCCUGCAUUAACAGAAUUAUUGGCUUUGUUCCGAAAACAAAAGAAAAUAGGACAAAUAGAGUCUUCUCGAAAAAAUUUAUUAGAAUCUAUUUUAAAUGCCUUGAUUAUGAAAACAAAAUACGAUGAAUCUUUAGAUUGGUUAAAUGAUAAAAAAACAGAUGAAUAUAUUGAAUUUCUAGAAAUGAGAAAAAAACUUCGUACUUUUCAAGAUAUGAUAAGUUCUAUUGAUUAUAAUCUUUAUUGUAAUUGCAUUCUACAUCUAGUCACAAAUGGGUUAGAAAAAGCAUUUUCAGAAGCAAAUUGGAGACAUUUAGAGCUUAUUUUGUAUGAAGUGUUUUCAUUUGGAGAAGGUUUAAAAGUUCUCGCAUAUAUAGAUAAUAAUGAUAAUGACUCGCCUACUGUAUUAGGACAAUUACUUGGAAUAAUAAUAAAUUCAGAAGUAUCGUCUUAUCCUCAUCCAUCUAUUCAACUUCAUUAUUUAGAAAUUACUGUUAGAUACGCAUCAUUUUUUGAAUAUCAGCCUUCACUUAUUCCUAAAGUUCUUGAAACUAUGCUUGAUCAUCGUGGACUCCGUCAUCAUAAUACUCAUAUAAAAAAAAGAGCACCUUAUUUAUUUUUGAAGUAUCUUCGUCUUCUUUCAAAUAGGAUAGAAAAUUUCUCAGAAACUACAUUAGAAGCUAUUCGCGAUUUGCUAACAAUAAAACUAGAACCUAUACCAGAAACUAAUAUCAACAAUGGUAUUAAUACUGAUAUCACUCCUAUUAAAGGUUUAUUUGAAAGCACAUUUUAUCUUUUUGAAGCAGCAGGGUUACUUAUAUCUACAAACACAAUAAGUAAAGAAAAAAAAAUAUCUUUGACCUAUUCUAUUCUUGAGCCUCUUUUUUCAGAUUUUCAAAAAUAUCUUUCUAGUGAUAGAGAUAAUGAUAUUAAUGUUUUAUAUAUUUAUCAUAUUAUUAUGGCAAUUGGCAAUUUUUCAAAGGGGUUUCCUGAUAUAUCUCGUGAAUUUCCCGCUAUAGAUUCUAUUUCAAAAACUUUUUUACAAGCAAGUGAGGUUAUACUCGUUGCUCUAGAAACAUUAAAACAUAAAGAAAUAAUAAGAGAAGCUGCACGUUUCUCUUUUGCACGAUUAACAAACAUACUCGAUUUAGAGGUAUUGCCUAAAUUUCCACGUUUAAUAAACGGAUUAUUAUCGGAAAGUAAAACACCUGAAUUAAUAGAUUUCCUUCCAUUUAUUGGUCUCCUUGUUCAUAAAUUUAAGUCAAAUAUAUAUGAUAUAUUAAAUAGUUUAUUUAUGCCUCUUUUAAAUAGAAUUUUCCAAUCUCUUAAUGAGUCUACUGAAGGAACAGAUGACAUUAUUAUUCAUAAUGAUCUCAGAAAAAAGUACCUCGAAUUUGUUCUUGCAUUAAUGAAUAAUGAUUUAGAUACUGUUUGUGUAAGUGAUAUUAAUCAACCAAAUUUUGAGACUUUCCUUCGAAGUAUUAUCCACUUUGCUGCGGACAUAUCGGAUCCUUCUACAGAAAAAAUCGCUUUUUCUAUUUUAAAUAAAAUGGUUAAUGCAUGGGCAUCUGAUCAAUCUCAUAUUAGUGAUAUUAAAACUAGAAAAAUUGUUCCCGGAUUUGAUCAAUUUAUAUUUCAUUCUCUUUCUUCUCUUUGUUUUGAAGUCCCUUCAAAGCAAUCAUUUAAUCCAAGAGAUACUCAGGCCAUUAUAGUAUUAAGUGAAAUAUCAAAUCUUCAAUUUACAAUAUUUAAAAAAAAAGAAAUAGAAUUUGAAAGAUAUUUGUAUAACAUAUAUUUUCCAUCAGUAAACAUCCCUCAGGAAAUCGCUAAAGAGUAUGUUGAAGCACUUAAACAAUUAAAUGCAAAACAAUUUAAAACCUUUUUUCAGAAUUUUAUCAAUAAACUGAAAUAA